UCCAUAAACUACAAUUACACUUUUAAUGCAUUAUUUGCAGUGAAGAAUGCUAAGAUAACUUCUUUAAUAACAUCCGUUAUUUCACUCUCUUUUCUGCGAGUCUUCCACGCAUGGGUGAGCAAAUUCAGAAAAAUCCUUCAAACAUUUGAUCUCAAGCAGCGUCGACCCCGUGGGAUUCCCAAUCUUUUAAUCCUUUUUGAUCUCAUCACCUUUUCUGGAGUGAUUACUAUUUAUGGAACAUAACAAAAAAAGAAUCAUGACCAUUGUCCUUUUUCUUUUUCUGACUUUUAGAACAUUUGACGAUAUCUUCUCCUUCAGAGUGCAACUUAUUUUGGAAGAAUGGACUUUAAAACUAUAUUGGUAAUAGAAUAAAACAAAAGAUGAAGAGGAUAUCGUUUGUUAGAAGCCUUUUUCUACUACCAGUUUUAAAUACAGUGUCAUCCUUUCAACUAAGCUCAGAGAAUCUUCUAAGAAGAGCUGGGAAGCCUAUUAGUUGGAAAUGGAAUGAAAAUCUUCUAAAAACAUCCGACGCUUUUAGAAGAAGAAGGUUUCUGGGUGACGAAUCUUCUCAGCCCUGGUGGAAAGAAAUCCACUCUGACACGCAAGAUUUCGCAUCUAGUGGUUCUGCCACGAAUCCUCUCACUUCUGCAGAAGAUACUCUUUCAGAAAAACUGCAACACACUCCACCUUUCGACAGUUUGGAGAAUCUUCCAGCACCACUUGCUCGAAUCGAAUCCGAGGAGGUCAAACUACAUCCUCACCGUGAAAUCGAAGAGCCUUUGCUUGGAGAGGUCAUCAUUGAUGAACUGCAUAGACCCUCUAAGCUUGAACUUGAGUCUGCGACAAAACGAUUAAAGGAUAUAUCUUCCAAUUCCUUAACGGGGCAGGUUACGUCAUCUGUGGAAUAUGUUGUACCAUCCAUAGAACUUGUGGAGCCUCAUGUUGAGUAUGCCAAUCCAUUUGAAGUAAUAACAACAACCCCUUCGAUUAUACCAGAGGUAGAAUAUGUGGAGCCAUCUGUGGAGUUCGUGGAACCCGUGAUUGAAUACGAUCCCCGGAACAAUUUUUCGGAAAACUAUAGUAUUGUUUCUUUUGGAGAUGAAGGAUCCGGCUUGGAGGAUGAAUCGUUUUCCGAUGAAAAUUUACCAGUUGAGGAAUCCAUUAGAAUUGGCCGUAAGGAACUUCUCCGAUUAUACAGUCACAAAGAAGAUAAACGCUCUUAUUUAACUAAAUCUCAUUCUGAAUCAGAAAAAUCAGAGAGAUUCAGUACGAAAAGGCGUUUCUAUAGACAUCAGCCAAUAAUUGGUGUCCCGGAAGAAAGUUACCCAACACUGGAAAUUUUGCCUGUUGUCCACUUUGCCUGUGAAGAGUAUGCAGAACCAGGGUACUAUGCAGAUAUAUCUUCUAGAUGUCAAAUGUUCCAUAUAUGCCACGAUAAUGGGAUGAGGAGCUCUUUUUUAUGUCCAGUUGGUACAGUAUUCAAUCAAGAAUAUCUAGUUUGUGAUUGGUGGUAUAACGUUGACUGCAGGAACUCGGUGCGGUAUCACAGUCCUCUCAAAGCCUUAAAUUCCAACAAAGAGCAACUACUGGCUUCUGGCUCUGGUACCAACAAUGAUCACGGAGUUUCAUCACCAACAAAUUCAUCGUCCUACUUUUCUGAUAAAAAGUCACCAAUUGUGAAGAAAUUUAACAAUAUUACUAAUGAGACAAUGAAACUUAAAUCAAGCAAAAAUAAAUUUAACACUCUUUCAAAGAAAGCUAUAAAUUAUCCUAUAGGAUACGCUAUCUUGUUGAGGGAGCAUAUAAAGUCGUCCGCUCAAAAACUGUCUGACCAAAGCCUUGACGCAAAAGAAUCUGUGACGCUCGACAAAAAACCUGACACCAUAGAAUUUGUUGAAAACGUGAAUGCCAUCGUGAAAUUCAAAAAACGACUGCGUUCACGACCAAAACCAAAAAAUCAUCUCCGACAAAAGCAGACAUUUUUUGGAGGCACCAAACCAUUCGCUGAUAUAAAAAUUCCAAGCUCAGUUAAGCCUAAAUCGAAUACAAAUGUCAAACAACGGGAGAAUGAUAGCUCUGAAUACGAAACUAGUUUCAAUGGAUAUAAUGUGGAGAAUAUGACAUUGUACCACAUGGUGCCGAAAGUAGCGAAAUUUUCUGCCGUUCACCGAGGCGAUGAAAGAAAAAAUGAAAAUUUGGAAUUAUUAUCUCCUUCAAGGCAGAAGCAUAAUAACAGAAAUAAUACGAUUUUUGAUCAUGCCUAUUGGGAAAAAGUGUUUGCCGCGAAUAAUUUCUCCAGUACUUACGACAAUAAAUUAAACUACGAUGUAGUUAAGAGUACGCUGAGUUACGUCGUAUCAGAAACAAGUGAGAUUGGUAGUAAAGUCUAUAAUUUGUAUUCCAAAUCUUCCUCAGAAACAAAGAACACCGAUGAAAAUCUGGCUCUGAAGUCUCCAGAGCAGUACUCUUUCGAGGAAACAAUUAUAAAUGAAAGCCCGGUUAGUUUUAUGAAUCAACCGAGGGAAAUAGAAAAUAUGGCUAGUAAAGUCAGGAUAAAGAUGGAAUCAGGAACCGUUAAAAAUUCAUUUUUUAAAUACGGAGAUAGAAUAAGUAAAAUAAACAAACCAUCUCAUUUCGAAAAACCUGAAGCUAAAGGGGAAUUCAAAGAGUUCAAGACACACGUCGAAAAGAAACAGUCAUCGCCUCGUAAGUUAGCAUUGCAAGAUAUCCAAGUUCGCAACACAACGCAGUCUAAUGGUAGAAUACUGAUUAGUGACGAAUCAGUGAUAUCUAAAGACAUUAAAAACGAUUCAGAAGCAAAUAAAAUACAGAAUAGCAUCUUUAUAAAAGCAAUAAAAGUGGAUGAUCAUCAUCAACCCGCAUUUGCAGAUAAAAAUGUGACUCACAAAGUACCAGCUUAUCUACAUCAAUACGUAAAAUACAGAAAUAACGCUAGGCCUAACGAAAGUUACUUCUCAAUCAGACGACAUCCUGAAUUAAGUCAAGAUAACAAAUUUCAUUCGAAUAUAACUGCGGCAUCGAAUCAGAGUAAAAAUAAAGCGCUGGAUGACGUAAAAAAACUGUAUUACAUCGACUAUGUAGAUAAUUUAAGCCCGCAUAAUCUGAGCAGCAAAGCUACUCCGAGCGACAAAGUUUACUAUGUAACUAAAGUUUCUGAAAUGGAUUCCUAUUUUCAGAAUGUAACUAAAAUCAAUACCAGCAACGGUGGUUACAAAGUCAUCAAGAAAGUUAAAAUUAAAAGACCGUCACCUAGUUAUUUCAUGUUGCCAGAAAGAAAUGAUAAAACGCUAGGUGUUAAGAAUGAUCUAAAAACUAUAAGGAACAGAUGACUUUUAGUGGACGAUAAGUAGUUUAUAGGUCUGUUGCAACCUCAAUGAUACUCUCUCAUUCUGUUACUAAGACUAAAAAGUGAUAGAAUCAUACAGGGUGUUUUUUUAACAACCGACAUUAAGAGUGUUUUCUGAAGCUUUCUCUUGCCAAAGUCAGUUUGAGUGUUUCAGACUCAAACCAAAGGUUUACUUUUAAACUAUAUUAACUAUCUCCUUGAAAAGUAUUGUCAGCACUUUUUUUUUGUUAAAAUCGCCAGUAUGGCAAAUUUUUCCAUCAGGAUGAAAAUUGAUAAAAUUAUUGUGCAUUUAAAAUGUUUGUAUAUUUUUAUGAAUUUAAAUAACACAGCGGAGUAAGUUUCCUAACAUAAGUUCCCAAACGCUGUUUAUUCACAUUGAUAUUUUGCGUCAUUUUCAAAAUUAAAGUGGAGAGAACUGUCAAAAUAGGGACAAACAUUUAAUAUAACAGCAAUAAAUAACUGUUAUUAUGUCACAACGUUUAUGAAAUUAGCAAGUUAUUUAUUGAAAAGCAUUAUUUCAAAUAACAGCAGAGUCAUUUCAAAUACAUAUUCGUAGAGUCCUAGACUAAAAUGAAAUCAAGAAAGGGCAAAAUAUUAUUUAAGAUAAAAAGAAAAAAAUAUUUCGAAAUUGUGACUAAACAUAGUU